AUGUUGAUAUUUGUAGAGCCAUAUCUAAAAGAUCGCUUAUUGAUAUCACCAUCAUAUGAGGAGGCGACCUACCGCCAACAACAAAUUGCAAGUUCGUCUUAUGUUCCUGUCAAUGUUGGUUAUAUUACUCCUUCAGCCCCAGUGACCAUCGAUGCAAAUUCUGUGCAACCGCAGCCUACAAGACAUUCUUAUCAAGGCGCUGUCAUUACUGGAAUUAUAGUUGGUGGUGUAGUUAUAAUAGCUCUCAUAGUAUCUCUGACGUUUAUAUUUACAAGACGCAGUUUCGUUACAACACCUACAGCAACGACUACAACAACUAAAAGACCAAUAUGUUUCGAUGGCGAUGGAUUUUUGGUAAAAGAAGAUGGCUCUCGAGUGAAAAUACGUGAUAUUAAGAUAGGUGAUCAAAUACUUGUGGCUUACGAAACGGCGAUUCAAGGGGUUAAACUUCGUUCAAGUCCAGUGCUCGCAGUGGACAUCUUUCAGAAAUAUAAUAAUGGUUCAUCUGUAGAUUUUCUAGAAAUUCAAGUCGAGUCUAAUAAUUCGGAUCCGAAUAUUCGAAGUCAUCGAAUAUUUUCAAAUCUUAAGAAACCUGACGAUUUUUGGUAG